CAAACGCAACCAAGAGCCACUCAUGAAUCGACAGGGGCGUCCAAGUCAGGCUACAGCGUACCACCGCAUAUGCGUCCUGACUUUCCGUCCUCAUUUUCUCGCCGUGCUGAAGUCCUGAGUUCUAAACAGAUACUGUCGUCAAACAACGUCCCACGCUACCACAACAACCUACGCUACAACACCCACCACGCCUCUCGCAGCGAUAUCCCAUCCGAGCAGGUGGUCCGACUCAACGCACAGCUCCUAAAAGCUAAACAAGAGCUCGAGCAGGAGCGCACCAAGAACGCCAACCUUCGUAAGACCAUCCAAGACGCCCAGGACGAGCACCUCGAAGCUGCAUUCUCUUCUAUACUCACCACACUGCUCCGUGAGCAAACCGAAGCCCUCGCUCUCCAAUCACGUGCAACCGCCCAUCAACGCUCCCUCGAUAUCCGCGAGAAGAAAAUAUCCCAACAAGAAGCCUUCCUCGUCGCAGGCCAAAAGCACAUCAUGACCAAGCUCGAGCAGAACAACUCCACCUCCAUGUCCGCCACCCACUACACCCACCUCCAACAGCAAAUGGAACUCGACAAGCAAUCCUGCAUUUUCGCCCUCGAAUCCCGUAUGGCCAUGGAACGCCAAACUCUCACCCUCCACGCUGCCGCCCAGGCCAAACGCGAGCAACAGUAUAAGACACUCGUCCGCCAAUCUCUCGAGGCUGAAUUCGCCGCAAAUCACAUGUCCAACAACGAAGCAGAAGCUCUAGCUGAAGUCCGCUUUCAACGCGGUUUCGAUGCCGGAAAGGACGAGGGCCGCAAAGAGCGGGCCAAGGAAGAGAAGGAGAAGGGGUAUCUGGAGGGAUAUCGUGCUUGUUUUCAGGCGCAAGCUGCUCUAAGUUCGCUGCGCAAUGGGGCUAGUGCUGAGGUACAAGGUUUGCUGGAUCCGAUGGGGGAGGCGAGUCUAUUUAGUAUGGGUGUCAGGGUUGGGAGGAUGGAAGCUGCUUCCAAGAUCGAGGCGAAGAAGGAUGUGAAGAAGCAUGAAGGGGCUGAUUUGAUUGAUCUCUUGUAG